GAGUGCCUGUUUUGUUCGAGAUUCGCCAUCAGUUUCGGUCACUCGUCGGAUGUGUUGAAUUUACGGUCGUGCUUUCCGAGCGAAAAUCCGCAAUUUCCCGGGCCCAUUUCCGCGUCCCGAGCGUCUCGCGCGUGUUCCGGAAGUGUUGCGCGUGUUUAACGACCAGUUCCGACCCGCCGAGAAUCAAUACGCUGUGUAACUUGUGUCUUCUACACCCAAGUGAAAACGCUCAAAAAGCAAAUCUGCAACCAAACCGAGCGAGGAGAGUGCUAAAUCGAGCCGAAAAACAGGCCGUGUUUCCACGUGCAGCACCACCAUCCGAGCGCACCAAUACAGCGCCACAACCAAGUUCAAUCGCACGUGCCGUCGUCGUCGUCGUCGUCGUCCUUUCGGUCAUCCCGGGCUGGGGCCGUUAUCGGUGAUUUUCGGGUGUGCCCCCGACAUUCGGACUCGGUGUAACUGUGGUAGUGUUGUUGCAAGUCCUUGCUGCUCCUUGGAUGAGAUUCUGAGCUCAACAGCUAGCAGAUAAGCGUCAGAAGAUUGAAGCAACUGGUGGCGUUCUGGUUCUGGUUCCGCGAUAGAGAUCGAUUUUAGAAGGCCCAGCAUAGUGAUAAAAGCUUAGGCAAAGAGUGUGCUACUACUGAGUGAGUGUAUGUGUGUGUGCUAGUGAGUCCAAGGUGUGUGUAGUGAAGAGGGCUAGAAAUAGUUUGUUUAUUGUUGUGCAAUCCCAAUAAAAGAAGAGAAAGAAGAAUAAGAAAACCAAACCCCACCUCCCAACCGCGCGGAAAGAAGUCAUGCUGUUGAAAUGCACCACUUCUUCGCCACUUAGACGUGUCCCUGCCGCGAGCCAGUCGUCCGGAUCAACGACGACCGCCACCACGCCCGUGACCCUCGGUGCUCCCAUUCUCAGCGGGGCGACACUACUGAGCCCCCUUCCUCCGGUUGGCAAGGGCAAGGGCGGCAAGCUAGGCACCAGAAACGGUGCUGCUGGUGCUGGCGGUGCCCGGAAUGGACUUGCCGCCUCCGGCACUAUCGUCCCAAGUGGCGCAGCGAUUGGAUCUGCUGCAGGAACAGUGAAACACGGCGUCAGUCCCAGCUCGUCGCUCGCGUCCAAGCUCCAUCGCAAAGUAUUACGCGUCCCGGCGAAGCGCAUCCCGGGCAAGGUUCUGCACCACCAUCACCACCCGGGCAAACUCGCGUCGGUCGCAAGCAAGCUGACCGCCGCCAAACAGCGGCUCCAGCAACAGCAGCAAGCUCAACAGCUUCAACAGUUCAACCUGCAACAGCAGCAGCAGCAGCAACGACCCGUUGGGUCGUCGACGUCCUCGUCCUCGUCGUCAUCCGCCAACGUCAACAACUGUGAUAACUCCAACGACUCCGGUCUCGGCUUUGACCGCAGUCUCGACAGUGCCGCCGCCCUCGGUGCUGCCCAGUUCCAGAACGGCACUAACCCACACCACACCUCGACCGGCCGGCCAAUCCAGCACUCGAGCAAUCCGGACGAUGACGGCGUCGACAGUGAGUCCGGCUGGAGCACCACCAGCAGCGGCAAUGGCCACUCCUCCGCGCCACGAAGAAUCCGCGGCGGUGGCAAGCCGGCCUCCAUGUUCGGAGGCACGCGCCGAACCACGAGCCGAUCGUCGGUCGCGAGUAGCCGCAGCUCUAGCACCACCAGCAACAAAUCGCUCAAGCGAACCCACCUAGAGCUGGAGGACUCUGCGGCCUGUUCCGGGGCCCUGUUUGCCCUGUCGACCGGCAAGCUGACCACCACCAAGCUCCAAGCCUCCAAACCGAUCAAACCCAUGGCCAGGACGGUGGUCGCGCCCAAGAAGAUCAUCAUCCCCGUCCACCGGACGACGCCGGCCGGAAAGUCCACCAUCACGAUCGCCACGGCUAAUAGCACGUCAUUAUCAUUGCAAGCACCGUCAUCAUCCUCACCUCAGUCAUCACCACAGAAGACGACGGCGGCGGCGCCGGCGAAAGUAAUGACCUCGUCGGCAUCCCGCUCGCUGAACCGGUUACCGGGCAAACGACCCCCGAUGCUGUCCGGAUCGCUAGGCGGUGGAGGAGGACCCGUUAGCGGGGGUGGUCCGUUCAGCAAUUCCGGCGUGGUCACGCUGCAGUCCCAGCUGGGAUGUUCCUCGCGGGACGGCAAAAUUCAGCUGCAGAUUCUUACCCAGCCCGAGCAGCAGCACCGGGCGCGCUACCAAACCGAGGGUUCCCGCGGGGCCGUCAAGGAUCGCAGCGGCAAUGGGUUCCCGGUGGUGCGGCUCGUCGGCCACAACAAGCCCGCCGUGCUGCAGGUGUUUAUCGGGACGGACGUGGGUCGGGUGGCGCCGCACAUGUUCUACCAGGCCUGCAAGGUGUCGGGGAAGAACUCGACGCCCUGCGUCGAGCGGAAGCUCGAGGGCACCAUGGUCAUCGAGGUGGACAUGAAACCGGACGGCGACAUGACGGUGACGUGCGACUGCGUCGGCAUUCUGAAGGAGCGCAACGUGGACGUCGAGCACCGGUUUCCGGACCAGAGCGGACCGCGGGCCAAGAAAAAGUCCACCCGCUGCCGGAUGGUGUUCCGGGCGGCGAUCACGCACGACGACGGAAGCGUCGAAACGCUGCAAGUGUGCUCCCAGCAGAUUGUGUGCACCCAACCGCCCGGCGUGCCGGAAAUCUGCAAAAAGUCUCUAGUCUCGUGCCCGGCCGAGGGCGGCCUCGAACUGUUCAUCGUCGGCAAAAACUUUCUCAAGGACACCAAGGUGGUGUUCCAGCGGCGCAAGGCCCCGCUCGGGGGCGCCGCGACCGCCGGCGGCAUCAGCGUGAUGCCCUGGGAGCAGACCGUCAUCCCGGACAAGGAGUACCUGCAGCAGACUCAUCUCAUCUGUACCGUCCCGCCGUACAUCAGCCAGGACAUCUGCGAACCGGUGGUAGUACAAAUCUUCAUCGUGUCCGCCGGCAAGCGGAGCGAAACGCACAACUUUACCUUCACGCCCAAGGGGCACCACACGGCGCUGAGCGCGUCCACCACGACGACGGGGUCGUUCUUCGGGUUGGGCGGUGGGGACGAGAUUGGCCCGUCGGGGCCGGCAGCAAGUGUUGGUGGUGGUAAUACUGGUCCGGCAAGCUUCAAUUCUCUAAACUCUAGCUUUAGUAGCAACCAGAGCGAAGAUGUCUCAGCGAGCAGUGAAGCGGCGUCGGCCAAGAAGUCUUUGUUCCUGUGGGGCUCACAGCUGGCCAACGCCGCGGCCGUCCAGGAAACGCUGGACACGGGAAUGAUGCCUCCGCCGGUGAAUGUGCUACCGUUGAGCGGUGGAACGACGAGCCGACGGCCGUCACUGCUGGUCGAGCAGCUGUCCAACAUGUCGUCGCCGCCCAACUUUAAGGCGGAACUGCUCGACGAGAGCAGUCGCAGCCCGAACAACGAAGACUCGCUGGAUCGGUUCCCGGAUUCGACGGACAAUUCGAUCGACAACAGCCACAUUCUGUACCGGCGGAGAAGCGUUCGCCAGCCGAGCAUGGACAUGAUGGACGAAAGCUCCAGCAUGUCGAUGCUGAUCAACGAAAACAGUGCUAUGGACUGUGGAUCGGGUGCGGGCGGUCCAAUGAUGGGCUUCCGGUCGGGACUGAGCACGCUGAUGGAGACAAACGAGGUCAGCAACUCGGCGACAUCGCCAUCGGCAUGCGAACUCAAGGUCAUGAACCUGUGCAUCAAGCAGGAACAGCAAAUGUCCGCCACGACGCGGAACCAGAUCGAGCAGAUGAUCGCGACCACCAGCAAUUUGGGCAACUUGAACGAAAUCAACCAGAUCAAGGCACAGCUCAACGUCGAGGGAAUGCUGAACGCGGCCGUUUCGCCGGGAGGUUCCCUGGAGAAGCCGCCCGGAAUGCUUGAGAUCAACUCGGUUGUAUCGUUGGCCAGCAACGCAUCGCACUCUCCGACGUCAACCGUCAUGAUGCACAACGAAAUGCCGGGUGGCGCAACCAACACCAACCACUCGCCGCUCUCCCAAGACGUGAUGCUCAACUCCCAGAGCACGAUAACGGUUCCAUCCCCAGGAAAUCUGGUCCUGUCAUCCCCCGGAUCGUCCAACGAAGUGAGCCCCCACCCCCAUGCGUCCAUCUCCCCGGACAUCAUCCUCAACCCGACCAUUUCGCCCACCUCGAUGAUGUGCACACCCUCGAACGCUACGGUCGCUGCCACGGCCGCGGCUGCCGUGGCCGCAGCUGCAGCCGUUUCCGACGGUGCCGCUGGUCUGCUGUCGAACCAAGUGUUCAACAACAUGGCCGCCGUCGCCGCCAACAUGAUCGAAAACCAGCCCCAGGAAACCACCCAAGCCGUCCAGGAAAUCAUCCUGAACGCCGCGGCCGAAAUCCUCACCUCCCAGGAACCCUCCGUAACGACCCAGUCCACGAUCAACGCGCUAAUCUCGAUGAACGCCCAGGAAAUGAUGACCACCUCGUGCCAACCGCAAACCCAGGCCAUCAUGUCCCAGCAAACGCUGAUGUCGCAAUGUCAACCGACCGCCAUGAUGACCGCCGAAUCCAUGGCUAACGCCCUGCAACAGCAACAACAGCAGCAGCAAAUCGUCCACAACAUGCUGACCGAAAGCCUCCACCAGCAGCAACAGCAAGCAACCGAAUCUCUCAUGCUAAACCUGGCUGCCGCAGCGGCCGCCGCCAGUCAGCAGCAGCAGCAGCAGCAGUCCGUCCCGGAACAGAUGGAGAUUGGCAAUCCGAUCAUGUCCUCGACGGUGACCUCUACCGUGCCGCAGCAACAACAACCCCCGCAGCAGCCAAUGGACACUAGUCCGACUCAGCAGCAGCAGCAGCAGCAGCAGCAGCAGAUUCCCACCCAGAUGGUCGUGGAAACGGCCGGCGGGAUUCAGGAGCAGCAGCAGCAACAGGCCGUAGCUGCGGCUGCUGCAGCCGCGGUUGGGGCCAACGCAAGCAUACCGCAGGAGUUGACCAUCAUGUCCGACAACGAUCUCAUCAGCUACAUCAACCCGAACGCGUUUGAUGCAGUAUAAUCCGACUUUUACAGCCACAUCAUUGGCUGGGCUACCAUCACGCGCUUAGGUUGGUGAGGUUGAGAUCGACGCCUUGGCGCAUCCGCGAGCAUCCUUCCCCCCUCUGCCACACCCAAACCCCUUUUUGCCUUCCUAGAAGAAAGAAAGAUAGAGAGCGAGAGAGCGAAUCCGCUAGGUGCAAUAGCGACGAGAGUGUCAAUGCGAGAAGCCAUAUUACUAAACUAUUGUUACGAACACACACACACACAUACAUAAACACGAUUGCUCCUUGGAGUUAGAUUUUAUAAGGUAAUUUUGUCGAUUGUAGAAAUUGGCGCCAACGAGCAAAAGUGAUCUCGAAAGAUUCAUAAUGAAUAUCUACACGACUGUUGAUAGCUGAGAGAGAGAGAGAGAGAGUUCAUAGCGAAGAGAGUUCUAGUAGGUACUAAAACACACACACAAACACACUCAAACAACUUUUUAAGCUUAACUUUUCUUUGUUGUGAACACGCCGUUAUUACAAACUUUUUAAAAUAUUUCUACCGUUAGCAAAGCUGGUUAGGUCGGCAUUAUUUAUUGAGACGAAAUAAAAAACAAACAAACAAAUAAAUGACGACAUAUUGUCGACACUCUUUUUUGCUCUACGCACGACUACAUUGCACCAUUUAAACUAUUUAAACAAUUCACUCACUCUCACAUACAUACACACAAACAAGCAAACCUUUUCUUACCGACAAGCAAAUUCGUCAACGUGUUUCGCGCUUUUCUCAGUGUAAUUCUCAAAAGUUUAAUCAAAAAGACAAAAAAAUCACUCACUCCUGCACGAUUUCGGCAACAACAAAAAACAAACAAAACUGAAGGAGGUAUUGGACUAUGACAAAACAAACAAACAAACUCACACUUUUUGUUUUUUUUUGCAGAAACGUCAGUUUGGCAAACUGUCAAACACGAAAAAGGUGCGAGUCUGUUCGUUUGUUUGUCAUAGUCUAAUACCACCUUAAGACAGACAGACAACGCGCAACGGUUUCAGCGAGCUUUUCAGACAAGAGGGAAAAGGGGUAGGAAUCGGGAAUUAGGGCUACAGCAGCAGUACUGAGUCCACCUCAACCUGGUGCUCACGUGUCACGUUUUGGACAUUUUGGCAAAAGAGUCAUAGGAAGAGGAGGGAACACACAAAAAAAUCAAUUCGAUAUUACAAAUUUUUAUAGCCUUAACACAGUGUCUAAACCGAAAGAAGGUACGUUUAUUAGGAGGAGAGGAAAAUUUUAAACUUAUGAAUGUUUACAAAUUUUUUAUUAGAGAUUUUUUCUAACGUAAGCCAUUUGGAAAUUCAACAUGUGAGAAAGGUAGCGAGAAAGAGAUAAAGAAGAAGUUUAGGUCAAAAGAUAAGUACACUACAGUAACCCUCACCACAGACUGCCAUACAGAUUUUUUAGGGAAGUUAUAUAUACAAAUUAGAACUGAGAAUAUGCAUGUUUUUUGAAAUACUUCAAAAAAAAGAAAACAUUAUCAAUUACAGAAACGAUACUAAAAACUUGUGUGUGUGAAACUCUCACAGGCCAACCUUGUGUGUGCGGAGACGACAAGCAAAGGGAUCCUUUGUUCUAAACUGAUAUUAUGAGCCCCUACAUUUUGAAUUAGCAUGAACAUUUGCGACACCAUCCCGUCUCUUCUCGUUCGAAUUUCAUAUUAGUGAAGAGAGAGAAACUAUCAUCGGAUUCUUAGCGCCACAAUUAUUGUUAUUAUACUUUCUUAGCAGUAGAACUCGUUAUCAAAUUAAGGUAAUUCCCUGAUUUCUUUAAGCUCAACCAGAUGUCGAUUGGUCACCAGUUUUUAAUUAUUAUUAUUAACAUAAGUUACAAGUGUAAGCCUACAAAAUAAUAAUGUUUCAUAUUAGUUAGUGACUGUUUUGUUUAGUUUGAAGGUCCACUCAAUUCCCUAAAUAUUGAAGAAAAGGAAAAACGAAGAACGCACACACCCACUCACACUCGUAUACAUUAGAAACGAAUGAAAAAAAAACAGGACAGACAACGAUUGGAACAAACUGAUAACCUGAAAACAGAGUCGCUUUCGGGUAAAAACUGGAAAUUUUAAACAAACAAAAAAAAUCUUUAUACAAGUCGUUUUUCUAUUGGAUAUUUCUACGUAUUGAUGUACUUCAAAAGAUCGAGAGAGCUAUUAAAUUCUAUCUGUAUUGUGUUAAAAAAAA